AUGGUGGCCAAGAAGAAGGCGGGCGGCCAAACGGGGAAGUCAAGCUUUGUGAAGCAGGGCUUCUUCGUGGCGCUGCUGGUCGGGGCAGGCUUUUCAGCGGGCCUCCUCUUCCAGGGCAAGGCCCGUGGCGCCUCGCAUGGGGGCUCGGACAUGAUCCGCCGCUUCAGCGAGGAAGCUGCAAUGAGAGAGGAGAGGGCGACCCUCGCCCAGCUGCAGAACACAGUGGCCCAGGAGGUCUUGGACAAGAGCAGCGUGGGCGCCCUGUUGCAGGAGGCACCGGCUUCGGAGACUGGCCCUGAAGCCGAGGGCGGGCCAGCAGAGACCGGCGACUUGCCCAUGACCAGCCAGACAGAUCAGAUGGAUCAGGCAGGAACCAGCGCUGAUGUCACAAAUGGAGAUGGGGGUGCGGCAGAUGUGACUACACCACGACCUGCUGGACCUGCUCCGAGGACGGGCAAGCCUUUUCAGGUAGACCAAGAUGCCCCUCGGCGCUCGGCAACGGCCUUGCAAAUGCACCUGGGUUGCACAAACUGCUGCAACGACGGCAGCGAGAAUGGACCCUGCUUCGAUGUAGAGGAGUGCGCUGCUGGCGUUUCUGGUGGCAGGUACGCCUUUGUUUAUGCACACGUGGGGGUGCCAGGGUGGCCUUGGCUCACUUUUCUGGACAGCAUGCGCGCGCAGGCUUUGCUUUUGGAGGAAGCCACGGGUGGCAUUGUGGAUAUCGUUGUGAUGAUGCCGGCAAGUGACAUCAAGGAUUUAGGAUGUCACCAGCGUGCCUUGGUGCAUAACUACGGCAUCCGCAUGUACGAGGUGCCAUGGACGAUUCCACCCAACUCUUGGUAUCCGGACUACUGGUGGCCGGGUAAGGCCGACGGCUGGUGUGGACCGCAAGAUCUGAUGCGUUUGCAUGCCCUAGGGAUGGAUGAGUACAACGCUGUGGUGUUCUAUGACCAGGAUGUGGAGUUUCAAGGGGACAUGACUGCAGUCCUCAAGUGCGCGGCCAAAGGCUACUUUCUCAGCGCCAGUGGCGGGGUGGGAGAGCCUUUCAACGUGGGAUUCUUUGCGCUCCGGCCGGACAAGAGGCUCCUGCGGGCGGCUGAGUAUUUUGGUGGAAAUGUGACCUUUACCGUCGAGACAGGCUGGGGCAAAUGUGGCUUCCGGCCCAGCGGCAACAAGUUCGUGGGUGCAGAAUGUGGACAAGGCUUUUUCCACACCCUCUUCUACAAGAAGUGCAAGCCCGUCCAGAAAGCGCUGGUUGCGGCUGGAUUGCAUGACGCAAGCGGGAAGGCACAUUUACACCUAGAAUCAGAAAUGAUUGACCGGUGCAUCUGGAACUACCAAAACGACGGUGACUGCGGUGGCAAUCCCAGGUUCAAUUGCAGCGUGAUUCGUGUACACCACAAACCAACAGCAAAGCCGGACAACGACCGGCUCUGUGGCAAACUCAAGCACCACCAUGGCGGAUGGAGUGGAGAGCCGCGAGCGCCCUUCCUUCCACCUCUGCCGGCGCCAGUGCAGGGCCAAAGCACGUCCUGCAUUCCUGCCUGCGUGGAUGCUGGGAAUAACUGUAUAUGUAACAAUCCUGUGCCUCCGGCGCACCACAUCAAGAACGUCACUGUGUCACAGAAGCUUGUCCACUGCCAGACGCAGGUCAAGAGCCCCAGCAACGACCGAUUUGAGGUGAAAAUCUCGGGACCGUCCCAGCUGACUGUGACACGGGUCGAUGCUCCCUCCUGUUGGUGUGAUGCAGUGACUGUGGAGUGCUGUGUGCAGAACUGA